AUGCCGAGUCGUGAGGAGCGGCUGAGCGCCUAUGCGCCUGUGGGAAGAAUGGCUCUGGUCACUGGCGGAACUCAGGGCAUCGGCAGAGCGGUUGUGGAGGAGCUGGCGGGGCUGGGUGCCAGGCAAGAGGGUCUGGUCAUUUGCUGGGCCCUGGUUUUCACCUGUGCGCGCAACCCUGCAGACUUGGAGAUGCUGCUGGGGCAGUGCAGAGCGGCGGGGUGGGAUGUCCAGGGCAUUGUGGCUGACGUGUCGCUGGCAGAGGACCGGCAGCUGCUAUUGGAUGCGGUGUCGGAGGCCUUCCAGGGCAAGCUGAACGUUCUGUUCAACAAUGUUGGCACCAAUAUUCGUCAUGCAACGGUGGACUUUACGCAGGCGGAGUUCCAGCGCCUGAUCAGCGUCAACCUGGAGUCGGCAUUUGCGCUCUCCCAGCUAGCCCACCCGCUGCUGAAGGCCGGCGGCGACGGGAUCGUCAUUUUCAACAGCAGCGUGGCGGGUGGGCCCACAGCCAUGGGCUCCGGCUCCAUCUACGGCCUCACAAAGGCCGCGUUGAACCAGCUGGCCAAGAACCUGACGUGUGAGUGGGCGGCAAAGGACAACAUCCGCGCAGUGUCGGUGGCGCCAUGGUACACCGCCACGCCGCUGGCGCAGCAGGUGCUGCAGGACAAGGAGUAUGAGGGCAAGGUGCUGGAGCGCACGCCCAUGGGGCGCAUUGCGCAGCCGCAGGAGGUGGCGCGGGUGGUCUCCUUCCUUGCCUCCCCGGCGGCGUCGUAUGUGGCGGGGUGCACCAUCCCGGUGGACGGCGGGUACAGCUGCAAGGGAUUCUACAUGUAG